ACCCGUCCAGGCUGCGGAACAUGCACUGUUUCCCCAAUAGUUCCUCAUCCAUCUCCUGUUCCUGGUCCUUCCCUGACUCCCAGUGGGACUCCUAUACCGUGGAGGUGCGUCAACAGGACAGCUGGGAGCUGGUGUAUGCCCUACGUCUGGCCCGGGACAGUACCUUACUCAACCUGGAGAACCUCCAGCCUCACAGGAGAUACAGCGUGGCUGUCAGAGUGGCCUCCGCUGGACUCAGCAGCCCUGCCGUGGAGGAGAACGUGGUCACCAUGAUCGACCGCCCGCCCCCUACCACAAUACGGGUCAAUGAGAGGGCGGUACGCAUCACCCCCUCCACCAUCUUCUUCAAGUUCAACUGCAGCUGGUUCAAUGACGUCAACGGAGCAGUCAGGUUCUUCACUGUCAUCGUGGCUGAGUCCAAUGACAAUGAAGUCCUGCAGCCAGAGCAGCUCCACCCUCUACCUUCCUUCCAGGACUACAGGACGAACAGCUCCGUGCGGGCCUACCAGACAGGCUACUUUCCUAGUGGCUGUGCCCAGGAACAGGGAAUGGGAGCCGGGCGGGUGUUUGAGGUCAACCUGGGGGCGGGGCUGGAUCGCCUGGGAGGGCCUUGUGAUUCAGAGGAGGAUCAUGACAACGAUCACAACAGUGAUCUCUACCACUUCUGUGAUGGUCCUCUCAAGCCUAAGACUGCCUACAGAAUCAGUGUCCGUGCCUUCACUCAGCUGUUUGAUGAAGACCACAGAGAGUUCCCCCAACCUCUCUACACGGACACCUUCCUGUCUCUCCCCAUCAGGACACAAGCAGGUGAAGCCACACUAUAUACCCCUCUACCGCUGACCCUUACCAUCUAA